AUGGAUGCCUCCAAAGAACCUAAAGAUAGAUUUGUUUCGAUGUGGCAUUUUUCACAAAACUACUUCAUCAAUAAUGAUGUCAGUGUCACACUCGAACAAGAAUUCAAGUGGUUUUGCCAAGGCCAAUCCGGCCUUGGACCUUAUUGGGAUCACGUGUUGGGAUAUUGGAAAGCGAGUCUUGAUAGACCCCACAAAGUGUUCUUCUUCAAGUACGAAGACUUAAAGAAGGACACGUUGUACUAUGUGAAGAAAUUGGCGGAAUUCACGGAGAAAUCUUUUUCUAUGGAGGAAGAAGCACAAGGUGUGCCCGAAGAAAUAGUGGCUCGCUGUCAUUUCAAAAGUUUGAGCAGUUUCGAGGUGAAUAAGAGUGGUAGACAUCAUGGAUUUACUCCCGGAAUCACCAACAGUGCAUUUUUUCGAAAAGGAGAAAUUGGCGAUUGGAAGAAUCUUUUGACUGAGGAUAUGGCAAAAGCGAUUGAUCAAAUAACGCAAGAGAAAUUUCAAUCUUUGGGUCUCACAUUCUCCGAUUAA